UUAGUUUCAAUUUGAGAUGUUUAUGUUGUACUGAUUAAAGAUUUACAUGGAUUUUUCCUCAUGGCAAGCGCAGGUUAACAACCUUAGUUGGUGGUUUACUCUGUAACUUAUCAAAGGUUACAAAAGGGCUCUACUUGGAUAGGAAAUACAGCCGUAAAACGUCCUAGAUGGACUCUCUCGUGGUCCGAUCCUUUCCAGCAACUUGACACCAGUGUGACUUACCCAGAUAAAUGUGUUCUUUAGAAGGUGCUGUGCUACGCUUUCAAGCCCUGUCCCAUUCAGCUCCCAUACACUUCCCCCAUCCUUUUUUUCUGUCCCUCCCCCUUCCAUUUUCAGCAGUAGAUACAACUCUUUUUCUACCAGGUUAUUGUACUCAGCUCAUUUAAUUUCUUGCAUAUCACCCAGAUAUUUUGAGGUGACGCGAGGGGUGAUGAUGCUGUAGAGACGGUGCGGGUCAGUCUGGCUGGUUGAGGUGCGGAGGGGGACGCCACAGACCACGCCAGGAUUUCCUGACGACUGACAUCCUCACCACCCCCUUUGUGAAUCUUUAUGCGUCUCCUUGGACGGUGAUGAUGGUUACGCUUAUUACAGAGCAGCUCCGUAAGCAGAGCCUGGAGGAACCGUAUCACAAAGCUUUCUCCUUCAAUUCCACCGUGUCAUUACCUGCAGUGGGCUCCAGUCCUACUAUCUCAUGGAGCGAAUCUAGCACAAUUCAAGAGAUUGGCUCAUCUACUCAUGCUUCCUCCACAGCGCACCCAUCCUCAGAUUUCUGCAUAUUCGACUCCACUCGAUCUCCAUCUCACUCUCAACCGCCACAGCAGAGGGCGGGGGCGGGCGAGACGGUCCAGAGUUCACCCCCUCCACCUCCAAAACGCCACUGCCGCUCCCUCUCAGUCCCAGAGGACCUGUCCCGCUGCCGCUCCACCUGGCAUCCCAGCGCAUCCAAAGUGUGGACUCCAGUCAAACAUGGCUGUCACAGUGGAGGAGCGGCCAGUUCAGUGCCGCUCUGUGGUCCCAGUUCUUCCUUCACCUCUUCUAUACACUCAUCAUCUAGUCCCACCUUCUUUAGUUUAGCACUGUCAUCCGACUCCCUUCUGUCAUGGAGCUUCCCCUGGGAACCCCCAGAUGCACCGAACACUGCUGCCUCCCUCGCUUUGCCUUCGUCUUGCUCCUCUUCGCCAGCCCCUCUUGUUUCUCACUCAGUGCUCCAGCGCUGUUUCUCCCUGUCCCCCGUGCACAUUCAAAACGCCUCUGUAGCAUCCUCGCACCCUCAACCCUCACCUUCCGGCUUCUCUGGCGUGGAGCAGCCAGGUCUGUCCCCGUCUCCCACCUCGGCCUGCAGUACGCCCUCCUCCUCUAGGCGCGGCCUGCCCCCUGCACUUCCUCGAUGCCACUCUCAGCCGUGUGACAUGCGCAGACCCCGCUUGAAGAGGCGACGUGACCCAGAUGUUUUGCCCUGCCCUAGACCUGGCCUGGACUUCAGCAAGAUGACACAGAUCAGUAGUCGUGACAGCCUGCUGUGUGGACCGGGCAGCUGCAUGUUUCCGGUGUCUUCUCCGGCAGAGCAUCACCUGUCUUUCUCCCCCGCUGAAUUCCUUGGACAGGUCAGCAUCGGGCCAUUAAGUGAAAGUGAAGAAGAAGAAGAGGAGGAGGAGGAGGAGGGAAGAAAACCGAAUAUAAUGGACGUGGGAACAAAGGUUUUCUUUGAAAGAGACUGCACAGAAUUAGACUUGAAUCUCAUAGAAGAAAACUGAACACUUUCUGGUGCUAUUAAUGCAUUCAUAACCAUUAAAAGCACACCUGUAGGCUUUCUCCUGCUGCCUGACAGAACCCUUUGGGAAUAAGCUGCAUCUGUAAGGCACAUCUGCAGUGUUUAGGAUCAAGACCCUCCUUUCAGACUGCAUUGCAAGACUUGAGCUAAGUCACUAUUUAGCAUUUAAAAAUGUCAGUGCCUGCCUGUUAAACACUCCAAAAGGACUUGGAAAUGAGCAAGUUAGCAACUCUGCAAGUCCAGGCUUUAUUUCUUUAUUUCAACACAGGUCUGAUUUAGCCGUUUCAAUUUGUUAGCAUCUCAACAGUCUUAACUUGAAAAACACUUAAAUCCAGUAGAUAUCGGGUCAAACUGGAAUUCUUCUGUCUUUUGCUGAUUUUAUAGCUGAUCUUUAAAUUGAUCCUUUGUGAGCUGUUGCAAAUGUUUCAGUUCUUGUUACUCUAAAAAUUAGCCUCCAAAUAAAACUGUUAUUUAUAUUUGGAACGAUACAUUCCAGGAUAAUUCCCCCUCCUCACACAUUUAAUCCACAACUCACCCCUGUGGAAUAAGUCUACACUGUUAAAAAGGACGUUUCAUUGGAAGUUUCCGAGUUUUUUGUUCAUCUAUUUCUGCAUUUGAUUGAUAAACGCACCUAAAGUGAUGCUGGCGAUAAGCAAACUAUGCCUUAAGCUGAAAAAAACACACGUUUUGGGGAAUCUGGUGUUCUUUUCACAAAACCAGGCACUUUUUUGCAGUUUCCAUUUGUGCAGAUUCACAUAUCUUUGAAUGUGUGGCACACAAACAGUCUGCUGGACAACUUGAUUCAGUGGACUCAAAAGGGCAGAACACCGUAUGUUGUACCGGUAGGUACACUUGUGAGCGGCGGAGGCUGGAGGAGCAGAUGGUGGCCUUUUUCAACCAAUUCUUUUUUCUGAUGGGAAUGUUCCCCCCGCACAAUUUGUGUAUGAAUAAAAUUUAAUAGAGAAUUAUUUUUUCCCAAA